AUGGAUCUUACUGAAACACAAUCCACUAAAGACUUUAAGGACAAUGUCGUUGAUGGCAAUACAACCAAAAAAACGUUACACAUACCACUCUGGCAGUCGGUCAAGAAAUUCCCCAGAAUCGUGGGCUAUUGCCUUGCACUAAGCUCGGCAAUUCUUCUCUAUGGAUAUGACCUUGUCAUUGUAGCAACGGUGGCUGCGAUGCCUCAAUUUCAAAUCGUUUUCGGUCAGGAAUACGAAGAGAAAUACAUCAUUCCGACAAUGUGGCUAUCCCUUUGGAACGUCUCCAGUUGUAUCGGCCUGAUGUUCGGCUCCAUCAUCGGUGGUUACUAUCAAGAUCGUCGUGGGCGUCGCAUGACGCUCGCUAUAGGCAGUUUCCUAUCAAGCAUUGCGGUCGCGAUAUGCUAUAUUUCAGAUCUACCAGACGAAAUGGACACUCGUCGAGGAGUAUUCUUCGCCGGUAAACUCUUCCAGGGAAUCUGUAUUGGCAUUCUUCUAUGUGUUACACAGACAUACAUGUCCGAGGUACUUCCUGUUGUUCUCAGAGGACCGGUCAUCGCGUUCUAUCCAAUCUUCACGCUUCUUGGGCAACUAGUUGGAUCGAUCGUGGUUUAUACUUCCCUUAAGCAUACAGGCGCAGAGUCAUAUCGGAUUUGCUUUGCGUCGCAAUGGCCGUUCUCGGCUAUACCGUUUGUUCUAGCGGCGUUUUUGCCAGAAAGUCCAACCUGGCUUUUGAGAAGAGGACGGACAGCGGAGGCUCUCAAGGCACAGAAAAAGCUUAAUACAUCCCAUAUCAACUCGCUUGCUGUGAUCGAGGAGUUACAGGCGUCGAUUGCAGCAGAGGAUGAGGAACGCGCAACCCAUAAAUAUGCCGAUUGUUUCAGAGGACCCAACAUGCGCCGAACUUUGAUCGUCGCAUUUGCAAACAUUAUACCUCAGAUGUUCGGACUGCAACUGCUGGCAAACUCCUCUUACUUUAUGCAGAUUGUGGGUAUGGGUUCAGCUAAUAGCUUGAUUUUCUUGAUUUUGGGCAUUGGACUAGGCCUGAUUGCAAAUGUUGUCAGUCUAUGGGCGCUAAAUGCCUUCGGGAGAAGAUUCCUCAUUCUACUCACUUUGAUUAUUGUUAUGGUAAUGUGGUUCGCGGUAGGAAUCGCAGGGAUCUUCACAGGAGUGGUGACUAUAUGGUAUACAGCGGUCAGCAUGAUGAUUAUUGUUAUGGUCUCGGGUCUUGGGUCAUGGCCUGCGUCUCAUGUGGUUGCCGCCGAAGCGUCCUCACUGCAACUCCGAGCCAAGACCCAGGGUAUUGGGUGGUUUACGAGCGGCUUUGGAACUGCGGUUUUCGCCAUCAUCUUGCCAUACAUCUACAACGCAGAUCAAGGAAAUCUGAGGGCGAAAACAGGGUUUGUAAUGGCAGGAUUCGCCGCAGUGGCAGUCGGUGUAGUGUGGUUCUGUAUCCCAGAGAUGAAAGGUCGAACGGCGAUGGAGAUUGAUCGCAUGUUCUCGCUGAGAUUGCGGACUCGGGCAUUCAAAGGCUGGCAAAGCGAUGUGACUCUCACUAGUGAGACAGAAGACACGCAUCCGUCUGUGAAAGCAUGA